AUGAAAGGGAAGUAUAAAGGGUGCUUGGUUGCAGCCAGUGGACAAGAUGGAAAUAUGCAAAUUUUUCCCUUGGCAUUUGGUGUAGUUGAUGGGGAAAAUGAAGGAGGAUGGGUGUGGUUCUUUGAGAAUCUAAAAAAGUUUAUUCCAGAUGAAGAAGCCCUAGUUUUUGUCUUUGACAAACAUGCGUCAAUAUAUGCAGCGUUAGGGUUGGCUACUGUGGUAUCUAAAGCUGCGAGGGCAUACACCGUAGGAGAUUUCCGGUAUUGGUGGAGAGAAAUAGAAAACCGAAAACCAGCUUGCGCAACUUAUCUCACAGAAAUUGGUCUGCCACACUGGACACUGUCUCACUUCCCCAGAGAUCGUUACAACAUAAUGAGUAGCAACAUCUCAGAGUCGUUGAAUGCGGCGAUGCAAACUGCUGUUGAUUACCCUAUUGUGUCGAUGGUCGAGUUUAUCCGGGCAAUGUUGAUGAGGUGGUUUUACUGCCGGAGGACAAUGCGAGUCAGUGGAUUUAUCAAGUUAACGAUGGACGAGUUGCCAUGUUGUCAUGCUUUGGCUGCCAGAGGAGUGUUUCAAAUCGAUAUCUAUUCGCUGGUUGAUGAAUGCUACUUUGUUGGUCCGUGGAGGAAAAAGUACGCAGAAGUCAUAAUGCUCGUGCCAAAAGAAAGGGACAACGACAUCCCAGCGGCCGUACGAGAAGAGGCUGCUGAUCCACCUAGAACAAAACGCGCGGGUGGAAGGCCAAAGAAGAAAAGGAUACCUUCCCAGGGGGAAAAGCAUAAACGGAAGAAGCGAAAGACACCUGCCAAGUGUGGAAGAUGCUUCGGGGUGGGUCAUAACAGGAAAACAUGUUCUCAGCUAAUAUGA